AAAGUGGGUGUUUACACGGUGUUAUCAAAUUAUUUUGUCACUUCACCUUCGCCAGGGAUUAACUAUGUGUCAUGCGUGAUUAUUUCAGUGCUUCAUCCUCUGUCUGCACCGGAGCAUUGAUGAUUAUUCAUCCUGUAUAAUGGAUUUGCCGACCUCUUCAGAUGGGGGACACUGGGAUCGUCCUUGGACGACUCAGGAGAUGAGGGACCACAGGGAUCAGUGGAGUCUUGCCUGUGAUGUGGGACUCUUCCGGCAUCUUCAGAAAUUUUCGGAGGAUUUAACGGUAAAAGUCCAAAGAACCCAGUCCUCCCUGGACUCCCUCGUAGAAGACCUAAAAGAUAGCUCGAUAAUGAUCGACAACGUCACGAACGUUUCCCUCGCAUUGGCCAACACUCAGUUCAUCGAGAGUCGUGUAUACGAGGAUGAAACUCCUGAAAAACCUCUGGAGAAUCCCCUCGGGCCGUCCAAUGCCCCAGACAUCGACAUGAUAUCCGUUGUAAGCGAGAGCAUAAAACAGAGCCUCGAGGUAAUGGACUCCAAGUACGAACGAGUGGAGAUGGAGGCAUCGAGUGAAAGUGAAGACGAGACCGAGAUGAUGACUCCAAACGUCAUCCUGAAGCCUCAAGAUCCCUACCAGAGCCGCCCCCUGCCCUACAUCAUAGGCUCGGAAAAAUGGAGAUCUUCGGUGAAGAUCGGGCUGGAGUCGAGCAGUAGUGAAUCAGAAAUAGCGGAAGAGGAGGACGAGAAUUCUGAGUCUUCCGAGGAGUUGCCGGCACCUCCCAGGGCCUUCCCCUCCACCCGAAUCACUAGAUCGAGGUCCUCCAGGAGCACCAGCAGUACUUCCUCAAGCGAGUACAAUGAAAAGAGUAAUAACACGAAUUCAAGAACUGAUAAGAUUUACACUAGGAGUCAAGACACGUUGAACUCGACGUCUGAAAUUGAAACUCCAACGAUUGGGGCUUCGAACACUUGUAGGAAGGCUCCAAGCUUUGCUGAGGAGCUGGCUAAGCGUCUGGGGAACGUCCUUCCUGCUCAGAAACCCCCUCAAGAGGAAGUGCGAGAUCCAGAUCAAAGCUCCAUAAAUCGUUCGAAGGACGAUCUCUUCGGUUCUGACAACGAAACCGACAGUGUCUUCACAACGAAAUCAGACAGUCUCUUGAAUGAUCACGGGGGACUGUUUGACGAGGCAUCCAAGGGCCUCUGGAAGGAGAAGCCAGCUCCCAAGCCCACCAUGAUACCCCCAAGUCUUGAUGUCCCUCCCCCGAUCAACUCUAUUGACACAAAACCCAAAUCAGCGAUCGACGAUCUCUUCGGGGACAACGAAUCCGACGAUUCUGACGACAUCUUCGCCCCCAGGAAUUCCAAAUUCAUCAGCAAAUCUGACGUGACUGAAGGCUUCCAGAGUCAUGUGAACAAAGUCAAGGGUCAGGAUGACAACGUGAUGACUAGUACACCAGAAUCAAACAACAAUAUUCCAAAUCUCUUCGAGGAUGACGAGGAUGACAGCAGCCUCUUCAGUCCAAUCGAGAAUAUUAAAAAUAAAUCACCAGAGGCAAUUCGAAGUGCAGUGAAAAAACCACCUGGUAUUCUUGUUAAUCAAGCUGACCUCCUUUCCUCGGCACUUGGUAGCAGACUUUUCAAUCGCACUAGGAGUGAUUUUUCCGACUCAUCGGAGAAUGAGAGUGUCGAGACGGAAAAGGAUACUGGAGAAUCGGUCAAUGUGAAUGGGAAUCAAUCGACUGCAUCAGCAGUGAAUACGAGUGAAAGUAUGGUCGCUGGGAAUUUACAUCGUGGAGAGGGCAAUGAAAUCACCACUGACAGCAGUGGAAUAUCUGUUCCAGCGACUAGUGUCAACAGCACGUCUGGGAUGAGUUUACGUUUUGAGGAGCCGCAGAUGGAAUCAACUCGUUUAUUAUCCGAAGAAAUAUAUCGUGAGCGUGUACCCAGUGACAGCCUAUUCCACCCAUCCUCCCAUCAGUCAGAUGCCACCGAAAAUUCGAUAGCUGACAGUCACAUGAUUCACAAUCAAGCGCAUCACCAAACUCGCAAUCAAACAACCCGCCACGACGACAUAUUCGAUAAUGAUGAUGUAUUUGGUCCGCCACCACUGCCAAAAGCCAAUUCCAAGUCCAAGUCCAAAGUAAACUCACUGUUUGACGAUUCGGAUUCGGGUGACGAUCUAUUUUCGAACACAAGUUCCGGAUCGCGUUCGCAGAAGAGCGCUGAACAAGCUGCAUCUCAGUACGUUGAAAAGCCGAAGAUCAAUGUGAGUGCUAGAGGUGGUAGCCUCUUUGACGCUGAUGUGGACGUAUUUUUGAACCCAAGUGUUCCGGACAUUGACAUUUUCGCUGAAUCUGGCACAUGCCAAAAGUCGAAAAUCGAUCAGCCAUUGGAGGUAGCCAGUGAAGGGGCGAAUGUUACCAGAAAAAUUUUCACCAAGAGGAGCCAUUUGUUCGACGACGAGGACGACGAGGAUCUCUUCGGUGUGAGCAGAGCUGGGAGAAUGGUGGACACCAAUGAGGACAAGUCCUUGACAGCUUCCAAGGAAGAUGUGAAGAAGGACUCUGAUGUUGUGAAAUCGGGGGACGUUGGAGGAAAGGAAGAGGGUAAAUCUGGUCAUGUGGAGUCUCGAAAUCUUUUUGGUGAUGCUGAUGAAGAGGAGGAUGACAGUCUAUUUGGACAGAAGAGUGACACAAAAAGUCCACCUGUUGUGGGGGAGGGGGCGACGACAACAGAUGGUCCAGUUGGAUCAAAACAAAAAAUUACUGGAGAAGGGACGAAAAUAGAACCGCCUAAGAGCUUGAGAAUUCGGCUGCCAGUACCUGGUGAAGAUUCUGGCCAAGCACCGAGGCGUGCUGUGUCGGGAAAAAUUGCAAAUUUGAUGGGAAAAAUGGGGGAUCUGAAGAUACUCUCGCCCACGGAUACGCCUCCGGUUAUGAGGAGAGGUGAGGAGAGACAAGACUCUGGCCAGGCUACGCCGGAUAAAGACAGUGAGGAUGGAGGGGGUUUUAGUGUACCGAAAACACCGACGUCUCCGUCAGCGCCAAAGGAUUUUGCGUCGAAAGAGAGUUCGCUAUCUCCGUCGGUUCUUGAUACGGAAAGUGCGGUGAGCUUCGAUGUUCCAGCGCAGGUGGAGACGUUGUCGAUUGCUUCGAAGAGUCGAGCAAGAAUUCCAGCGAAACGUCGUCCCCAGAGUAGACAAGCCCGUCAGUCAGCUCUUCGUCACAGUGGCAUAGACUUCGACAGCCCAGACUCCGCAGACGGUCCUCUCCCAGACCCGGAAAGCCCAACCAACCCCGAGGAGGCUCCGCUGGACAGACUGUCUUCUCAACCGGAUGUGAACGUGCUCAAGCCACCGGCGACCCUGCUCCCGGACGAUAAAUCAGAAUUGAGCCUUGGCAAGGAGAGCUCCCUGAGCAUAACCAAGAACACGUUAUUGUCUCCGUCCACAGACGAGGAGGACCUGUUCGACGUGCCCCCAGAUUUACCGGAGGAUCCCCAAAAGGACACCCUAUUCUCUCGUGCGCCGAUUCUCUCACCAGUCUCUCGUCUGGAUGAUCCAGAACGUCUGCGCCAGGAGCUAAACAAAGACGACGAGGAGCAGACGAACGAGAAGUCCGAGGAGCCGUCUGAUCCCCUGAGGGACUCUCAUCACGAUCCCCUGAAGGACCCGAGUCAACUGUUCGCAUUCGUCACCAAAACCCCGUCCCCAGAUAAGUCGAAAGACGAGUUGACGGCGGAUCCUGACGACAGUCUCUUCACCCAAGUGUCAAAGAAAACCGAUUCAGAAUGGAAAAAACCUAUUGAUCUUUUCGCAGACGACGACAGCAGUGGCGAUUUGUUCUCGGGUCCUUUCACGAAGCCGGCGCCGAAGAAGCUCGUCAAGGAGACGAAGGGCAGUAUCUUCGAGGAUGUGAACAGCGACGAUGAGAACGCAGUUGACGAUUUGUUUGGUUCGACUUCCACGAAAAAAAGUGAUAGUAAAACUGAGGCGAGUGAAGUCAACAAUUUGGGAGGACUCUCUCCCAAGGGGAGCACUCCGGGGGAAGAGGACGACGAGGACGACGAGGAGCUGUUUUUCGACGCCAGUGAGAAGCCUUCGGAUGCGAACAAAGAGGAAAUGCUGUUCCCGUCGACGAGUAGAAUCCAGAAAACAAAACUGGAGGACAUCUUCGGUGAUACUUCCAACGGGGACGAUGAUAUAUUCUCGACGAAGACAUUCACUGGGUCAAAUUACUCAGACAGCAGUGAUAUCUUCAGUAAGAGAGGUGGGGAAAACCCGCAGGAAGGUGGUGGUGUCGUUAAGAAAUCGGUGACACGAGAUUUGAAGAAGACAGCGGAGAAAAUUGUUGAGGAUCCACUGAGCAUGUUUCGAGAUGAAUAAGACGUGAGGCUGCAUCGUAGAGAGUAAAUAUGUGAAUAUUUUUCUAUCACAACAGAUAUUUUGGCUCUCCAAUGGAACCUGGGGAGCGGUAUCGGUGGUUAAUUUUUAUCAGAACGUCUUCUUGAAUGGCAAACGUAUCGAUUGGACGUUCCACCCCGACUAACAGUCACCAAUCAUGACAGAUUAUUUAUUCAAACAUUAAUACUGUUGAUAGGCUUUAAUUAGAUUAUUGAAAAUAUAUAUUUUGAGGAGUGAAACUAAUUUCUAUUGUACAUAUCGUCGACUGGGACAGUUCACUACCAGUUGAUUCCUCAGUUAUCCUCACCGUACUAAUGAACAAGCCUGUAAAUAAAUCAACGAGAAUAUGGUUAAUGUCAAAUGCACCCAGUGCUAAUCAUUUGAUGAAUUAUCGUUUAAUAAAGAGAAGAAGUACGUCA